CUUUUGCCACUUUUCAUUUCACAGCACAUCUCGUAUGUGACGAAUAAACUUGAAUUGACUUGACUUGACAAGUGCAGUGCUGAACAGGAGUUGCACCUGGACAACGGGCUGAAUGGCCUCUGGUGGCUCUGCGAUUCUGAUUACGAGCCUGAUGCGUCCACUCACAGAGCAGACAAGGAACCCACACCCCAUCCAGUCUUCUCCCUUCUUCACCCACUCAACUCCCAAUCCUAGCGGUUUACUUGCUGAAGGUGUCGGGUCAUGGAAUUGGAAAGGGGAAUGGAGUUUGACGGGCUAACGUGGGUAGAGACACGGGAUGGGCCCGGGCAGAAUGAAGGUGGUUUAAAAGUAACCAUCACGUUCGCUCAACCACCAAUGACAAAGCCGCACAAAGUGGAAGUGAAACAUACACUUGGAUUUCUGGUCGCGACGCAGUCAGCUCAUCGCCAUUUGUCGGCUCAUCGCCACUGAUUCUUGUUACACACUUUACCAGGAUGGGAAGCAAUUAUUCAAAGGCCGACUGCGUUCACGAUCCACCAAUGGACGAGCGGAACCUGACGGCCCUGAAGGAUUACCUGAUCAACUACACCCUUCCCGAAGGGCAUGAGGGUUACAUCAACAUCCUGCUGGUCGGUUUGGUAGAGGCUGGAAAAUCUUCCCUCAUCAACACCUUCCUCUCGGCUCUGGAUCCAAAUGGAAAAACCAUGACAUGUGUUCCGACCGGGACGAAUCCCGAGUCUCUCACACCGGAGCUGAGGUCCUACACGGUGGCAAAGAUAAAGUUUUGGGAUACAACCGGAUGGAAUGCAAUGAAGCCGAAUCAGGAACUGAAAGUGAUUCUUCGAAUGAUACUGGAAGGAAGAAUUCCCAUAGGAACAAACCUGCACGAUUUCAAUUCGACUUUUCCUGAAGAGUAUCCAGUCAUUCCGGGAAAUGCCAUUCACGGAGUUGCUUUCAUUUUUGACAUGGACACUGUGGACAACAUCGAUGCGGAUAAAAUGAAGCAGUUUCACGAAUUACAGACCAUGGUAGCACAGAAAUAUGUUCACAGGGUUGUGAUCGGGACCAAGUUUGAAAAGUUAGGGAUAGAGGAGAAGAACCAUCCUUGGAUUUAUGAAUACAAGCCCCUGCAGCAGAAGUUUAAGCAGUUGUCAGAAUCUACUGGAAUGAAUAAGCAAUGCAUGUUUGUGGUUUCCAAUGAAUGGAAUGGCGAUAAGAUCACAAUGAUAAAAUGUAUUCUUGCCCUGUAUGCUCUGGAAAACAUAAUCAGAAACAUCGACUGCUAUCUGAAAAUGUCAGCGUAAUGAACAGAGCCAAGUGUGUACACAACUGUAGAACUGGAACUCAUACCGACUCCGGACCACAGUGGCUGAAUUACCUCGCUUUACAAACUCCAAUGUGUCAACCUGCUGUCUGAUGAAUGUUGCCGAUUUAUCAAUGAUAACCAUAUAACCAUAUAACAAUUACAGCACAGAAACAGGCCAUCUCGGCCCUUCUAGUCCGUGCCGAACACUUAUUCUCCCCUAGUCCCAUCUACCUGCACUCAGACCAUAACCCUCCAUUGCUUACAUAGAAACAUAGAAAUUAGGUGCAGGAAUAGGCCAUUCGGCCCUUCGAGCCUGCACCGCCAUUCAAUAUGAUCAUGGCUGAUCAUCCAACUCAGUAUCCCGUACCUGCUUUCUCUCCAUACCCCCUGAUCCCUUUAGCCACAUGGGCCACAUCUAACUCCCUCUUAAAUAUAGCCAAUGAACUGGCCUCGAUUGUGCGUGGGAAGAACGAAAUGCUGUACACAUCUGUCUUUGUAGCUGGGAUCACAAAUUGGAACGAAUGCCCUCGUCUGCUCCUAAUUGGUUUGGGUUUGGUGUAGGUCUUGUAAUCUAUGUCUAGCUGACCAUUUAACAUUUUGUAAAAACAGGUCAAACGGUGAGCUUCACUUCUGUCUUGGAGAGGGUUCCACCCCGACCAGAGAAUUCAGACGUUUGGUGACACUCGCUUCUCUCUCAUAGGUAUUAGUAACAAAUCGAGCUGCCUGCCUUUGGACACGUUCGAUGGAAGAAAUGUUUUUAUUUGUGUAUGGGUCCCAUGCUGCAACUGUAGUCCAAAUGAGGUCUAACAAGGGUGAAGUAUAGCUUCUCCUUGACAGAAGUUGAACAAUGAUGAAAGUUGCACCUCAGGAAGUUUAGGGCACCCGUUGCUUUCACCGUUGCAUGAUUAGUCUGACCAUUCCAACGCAGAUCAUUCUGCAAUUUGAUGCCAAGAUACUUGGUUUGUUUGCAUUCUUCAAGGGUGACACCAAGUAUGUUGUAAGAUGUUUCACCUGGAUUCCUCUUUCUGGUGAUACGCAUGGUUUCACAUUUGGAAGGGUUGAACUGCAAGCCCCAUUGUUGUGACCACUCAACCAUAGUAUCGAGAUCCUUUUGGAGAGCAUCUUCAUCAUCAGCUGACUUAAUUGGACGGUACAGCAAACAAUUAUCAGCGAAUAGUCUGGUCGUACUUGCAACUUUUUCAUGGAUGUCAUUUAUGUAAAGCAAAAAUAGAUGUGGGCCAAGUACUGUGCCCUGGGGUGUACCACUCAACACUGGAUGCCAAUUGGAGCUCUUUCCAUUCACACACACACGCUGAAGACGUUUUGUCAGGAAACUGGAAAUCCAUCGUUUCGUGUUGAUAGAAUACCAUAGAAGUCAAGCUUCCAAAGCAGUCUCUGGUGUAGGAUGACAUCAAAUGCUUCAGAAAAGUCCAGCACAACUAAAUCCAUGAUGAUGUUACUAUCAAGGUGCUUGGCCAGGUCAUUUGUUGUCAGGAUAAGCUGAGACUCGCAUGAUAUAUGCCUCCUAAAUGCAUGUUGGUUGUCAGCAAGAAUAUUAUGUUUGCUCACGUGUCGCAUCAGAUUACUAUCAAUGAUAUGCUCCAGCAAUUUGCAGCAAGUACUUGUUAGUGAAACAGGAUGAUAAUUCGCUGGGUUGGUGGUUGAACCCUUCUUAAAGAGAGGAGCAUGUCCUAUUUUGAUUUGCCCUGCCAAGAUGUAGCACCUCACACUUAUCAGCAUUAAACUCCAUCUGCCAUCUUUCAGCCCAUUCUUCCAAAUGGCCUAAAUCUCUCUGUAGACUUAGGAAAUCUACUUCAUUAUCCACAACAUCACCUAUCUGAGUAUGAUCUGCAUACUUACUAAUCCAAUUUACCACACCAUCGUCCAGAUCAUUGAUGUACAUGACAAACAACAGUGGACCCAACACAGAUCCCUGAGGCACCCACUAGUCACUGGCCUACAACCUGACAAACAGCCAUCCACCAUUACCCUCUGGCAUCUCCCAUUCAGCCACUGUUGAAUCCAUCUUGCUACUCCUGCAUUAAUACCCAACAGUUUAACCUUCUUAACCAACCUUCCAUGAGGAACCUUGUCAAAGGCCUUACUGAAGUCCAUAUAGACAACAUCCACUGCUUUACACCUCAAGGUAUCUCUACAUCAACACUAAGGCCACUUACUCUAUGUUCUUCUUGAUCUUGACUUACCAAACGUAUCACCUCACUCUUGGCUGGUUAAUAGACAAUAGGUGCAGAGUAGGUCAUUCGGCCCUUCGAGCCAGCACCGCCAUUCACUGUGAUCACAAUGAGUACCCCGUAUCCCCUGAAUCCGCUAUCUUUAAGAGCUCUAUCUAACUCUCUCUUGAAAGCAUCCAGAGAAUUGGCCUCCACUGCCUUCUGAUACAGGGAAUUCCACAGAUUCACAACUCUCUGUGUGAAAAAGUGUUUCCUCAUCUCUGUUCUAAAUGGCCUACCCCUUAUUCUUAAACUGCGACCCCUAGUGCUGGACUCCCCCAACAUCUAGAACAUGCUUCCUGCCUCUAGUGUAUCCAAAUUUCAUCUGCCACUGCUCCGUCCAACUUUCCAGCUGAUUCAGCUGUGCCCCCAUUUAUUCUGACACAACCUGCACUAAGUUUCUAUGUUUCUAUUUCUAACCUUCUUCACCAACACCACAAUUGUUGUGUUAUCUGCAAACUUACUAAUAUAGAUCACAUAUCUUUUCAUUCGUCAGGAAAGGUUCUAGCUCUGAUCUUGUUGUACACCAUUUGUUCCAGACUUCCAGUCUGAAAAUCACCCCUCCUCUCUCCCCUUUGCAUUCUGUUACCAAGCUAAUAUUGGGUCUAUUAGCUAACAUACCUGUACCUUAAACUUGUGCAGUAGCCUACCUUGUGGGACCAUGUCAAAGCCUUUCUAAACUCCAUGCAAACUGCCUCUGCCUUUGUCAGUUGUCUUAGUUAUUCCUCCUCAAAAAACUCAGAUUUGUGAGACCUCAUCUCCCUGCAUAAAACCACACCGAUCCCUAACCACUCCGUACAUUUCCAAGUGAACAUCAAUUGCUCCUUCAGAAUCUUAACCAACAACUCCCACUGAUCGAAGAUCAUCGGCCUAUACUUCCCAGGGUUAUCCAUGCUGUUCUUUGAGAACAAGGGACAUCUUAGGGACUGUAAGAGUUAAUGUGGUUAUCCUCCAUUUUAUUUAGCUUAUUUAGCCAUAAUAGCUAUUAAUAUCUUGACAUGACUUCAGAAUUAAGGGACAGAAGUUUAGGGGUAAUAUGAGGGGGAACUUCUUUACGCAGAGAGUGGUGGCGGUGUGGAAUGAGCUCCCAGUGGAAGUGGUGGAGGCAGGUUCAUUGGUAUCAUUUAAAAAUAAAUUGGAUAGGCAUAUGGAUGAGAAGGGAAUGGAGGGUUAUGGUAUGAGUGCAGGCAGGUGGGACUAAGGGGAAAAAAUAAUUUGUUCGGCAUGGACUUGUAGGGCCGAGAUGGCCUGUUUCCGUGCUGUAAUUGUUAUAUGGUUAUAUGGUUAAUAUCCAUGUUGUACACAGCAUGCUGGUAGCAUUUUAAAAUAUUGGCCAAUAUAGAAAUCUGCAAAAGCCAGUCAAUACGGAGCUUGUAGAAACUGCCUUCACUGUCUGAGUGAGAACAAAGGUAAAAGCUGUUCCCGGCCGUCUGGCAUUCCAUAAUGAUACCAGCAAGUUGUAUGGGAGGGGCAAGGUGAAGAAUAGGCCUGUUCUUGCCUUCGCAGCUGGUCUGUUUCCCAAUAUACUUUGUAUCUUCCCCAAAUGUAGUUAAGGGGAUUCAUUGGGUUUACCUAAAGCUUCUUUGUUACUAACCUAGUAUAAAGAUGUGUGUGAAUUAUCUGUAUCGCUAGUCUGAACAGCGCCAGUCUUUGGCAUGGACACUUCAUGCACACUACUGGCUGUAUUCUAAUUCACCCAGGUGACCUAGUAAAAAGCUUUUCACAGAGAUUUUUGACUCUUUGAUUUAUUCUACAAUUCGAGCGGACCGAACUUUAACAUUUUGGCGUAGCCGGCAGGAUACCUUUGGGAUAGACAGCACGGACGAAUAAGUGGCAAUAGAGAGACUGUGGUUUCUGAGGGGGAAUCUGUGCACACUCCCGGCCCUAUGAGCCAGGUCCCCAUCAUCCGACUCCUUGAAGCACUGUGGUCCCAUGUCUGUGGUCUGAUCUCACGCUCCCAAUUGGUAUCAUAGAAACAUAGAAAAUAGGUGUAGGAGUAAGCCAUUCGGCCCUUCGAACCAGCACCGCCAUUCAAUAUGAUCAUGGCUGAUCAUCCAACUCAGUAUCCUGUACCUGCCUUCUCUCCAUACCCCCCUGAUCCCUUUAGCCACAAGGGCUACAUCUAACUCCCUCUUAAAUAUAGCAUCCAAACAAACGAGGGAAUUGAGGAGAGAGAGAGAGAGAGAGAGAGAGAAAACAAGAUGGUGGAGAUACGAGAUAAUAGUUAGAUCGAUUACGCUUGUCUACAGAAGAAGGGGGAGAUGGCCAAACACAUCAGACCACUCCCAUUUUGAACAUUAGUCCACCCACCAUCCUGCACACAUUUUACAAACUCCAACCCAUCCAGCCCAUUUACAGAAUGUGUUUCCCAGUCUAUGUGUGGAAAAUUGAAAUCUCCCACAAUCACUACCUUGUGCUUACUACUAAUAUCUGCAAUCUCCUUACAUAUUUGCUCUUCCAAUUCUCGCUCCCCAUUUGGCGGUCUAUAAUACACCCCUAUAAGUGUUGCUACCCCUUUCCCAUUUCUCAGUUCCACCCAAAUAGCCUCCCUAGACGAGCCAUCUAAUCUAUCCUGCCAAAGCACUGCUGUAAUAUCUUCCCUGACUAGCAAUGCAACACCUCCACCUCUUGCCCCUCCAAUUCUAUCACACCUGAAGCAACGAAAUCCUGGAAUAUUUAGUUUCCAAUCACAGCCCUCCUGUAACCAUGUUUCACUGAUCGCCACAACAUCAUACUUCCAGGUGUCAAUCCAGGCUCUUAAGUUCAUCCACCUUUCUUACAAUGCUCCUAGCAUUAAAAUAUACACAUUUAAGAAACCCACCCUCUCUUAUUCUCUGUUUAUAGUCUUUUUCUUCUUUCCCCUACAUUUUGGGUCUGAGUGCUUCCAUUCUCUGCCCCCUGCCUCACACACUGUCUACUAGCUUUCCCAAUUUGAGUCCCUCCCCCCAACCAUACUAGUUUAAAGUCUCCCCAGUAGCCUUUGCAAAUCUCCCCGCCAGGAUAUUGGUCCCCCUUGAGUUCAAGUGCAACCCGUCCUUUCUGUACAGGUCGCACCUUCCCAAAAAGAGGUCCCAAUGAUCCAGAAACUUGAAUCCCUGCCCACUGCAGCAGUCCCUCAUCCACUCAUUUAUCCUCCACCUCGCUCCAUUCUUACUCUCACUGUCGCGUGGCACAGGCAGUAAUCCUGAGAUUGUUAUCUUUGCAGUCCUUCUCCUUAACUCGCUACCUAACUCCCUAAAUUCUUCUUUCAGGACCUCUUCUCUUUUUUUACCUAUGUCGUUGGUACCUAUAUGCACCACAACCUCAGGCUCCUCUCCCUCCCAUUUCAGGAUAUCUUGUACACGUUCUUGGACAGUCACUGCUCACAAAUUCUGGCAGCAUCAUCAAGGAUCCACACUAUCCUGGCCACUCAAUCAUCUCCCUGCUGCCAGAUUUUCAUAAAUUCAGACUUUAGAUCUUACCUUUUAGUUGGAGUUGGUUCCUGACUGUCUUCAUCUUUGUGUUACAGCACAUCAGCAGCGACUUUGCUUUCAAGGCUUUCUUCCACUUCCAUCCACUUAGCAGCACUUUCUUCAGCCUUUUUAAUGCUUUCCCCACUAAAUACAAUUACCUGCAGCAAGUUUCCACGACAUUUAUUCCACAGAACAACAAAUUGGAAUCUCCAGUAAAACAGGCAUCUGUGAAGCCCCCUCAGCUAUGUUGUGUGCUAGCCUGAAACAAAGCGCGUGAUUGGCCAACUGGCAGACAACUCAAUGUUAAACGUGCUUUGAUUGGACUAAAAAUUACCCAAAAUUUUUCCGGUUUUUCUCUAAUUUAAUAAAAAUGUUGAAGUCUUGUUCAUAUCGAGUUUCAGGGGUGAUUUAUAUAAUUUUUUUUACACAAUAUGUGAAAAUUUCAUGUAGUUUGGUGACUUGGGUCACGAAAUCCUAUUUCUAGACACAUUUUUGAUGCUCGGCCCACAGCCUUUAGGGGAAAAUAAGUGUUCGGCACGGACGAGAAGGGCCGAGUUGGCCUGUUUCCUUGCUGUAAUUGCUAUAUGGUUAUAUGUGAAUGCUUCAUUGACCAUAAUUCGGACUGGUAACUACGCACUUGGUCCGAGCACAUUAUCGCAUAUGUAAUGCAAACCAUCUUAAAUGACCACCUAAACUGUCAUUUGGCAACUUAAAAAGCUGCCAAGGUUGCCCGGCUGGUAACAGGGAAAAAAAGUUAAGUGGGAGCCCUGCAGGGUGUAUAAUAUUUUUGACACUGUCAGGCCUUUCUUACAAAUGCUGUCACAACGCACUGUAGUCUCUAAACAACCCGUCAGUCAUUUUCCUUGCCCUCCAUUUCAGAAUAAUGGUGUUUUAAGCCGAUAACUCGACACUCACACUGGCAAUAAAUAAAUAAGCACAGCUUUCCAGCCCCUUGUCUCAUUGGCCACGUUCGGCUGCAAAUCCUGUCAAUCUGGUGGACCAUCUUGCUCUAGUCGUGGGGGGGGGCUCACAAGUGGAACAGUUAGGGCAAAGAUCCUAUAGCUCUGCUAUAAAAUCUUUGGUUUAGGGCCUCUCUUCAUUUAAAUCCGCCCUGCCCUGGCCUGAGUGACAGGCGAGCGGUGCAAUAGUGUGGUAGUCGUGCAGUUCCUGCCCUGACAUCGAGCCGCUCCUUCAUUCAGAUCAGUUUCCUGCUUGGUGUUUUGUUCUGGUGUGCAAAGAUCCUCUGCUAUAGGAUCUUUGCUGGUGUGAGUGUGGAUGCCGCUGUCUGGUCUCGCCGUGUUGCCGUAUCUAUGGGUGCCUUUCUUGCGCUGUGUUCCCGAGGGAAUUCCUGGGCUGUGUCCCGUCUGCCCGCCCCUUAUGCGUGUUUUCGAGAAAUCGCUUGGGUUCUAUCCUGUCUGAUUGCCCUUCCUGUGCUGUGUUGCCGACUCUUCACCUGGUGGAACCAGCGGAAACUCCCGAAACCCGUCGACUGCCAAGUGGAGUGUUACGGUCAAGGGAAUGUCCACACAAUUAUUAUGAAAUCACUGAACAUUUCCCACUGUGAGAAGCCGGGGAUUCCAAUUGUUCUCUUUAUCUACAAAGUGUCCCGUGAAACUGUUGAUCUCCGCAA